AUCCCACCUACCCCCACCCACACCGGCACCUCCUCUGCCCUAGCAAUGGCGGCCGCUUCCUCCCUCCGGAACGCCCUUUUUCCACUCCUCCGCAAGCGCAUCGCCAUGGCGCGACGGAUGUCGACGACCGGCACCGGCACCGGGGCAGGGAUCACCGGCGGAGGCAGCGGGACCGGAGGGGCGGCCAACUCCGGCGGAGCCAGGACGACCGGAUCCGGCGGCGCGUCAAACUCCGGUGGGAGGUAACCUUGGCUCUCCACUUUUACGCAUAUAAGAUGCCGCCGUCUGGGUGCCAAAGGGCCGAUCUCCCGUGGGGGUCUUCCGGUUCGGAGGAUCGGAAGAAUCCAUCAAUCCUUCCUUGUCCAUCUAUCUCGUUCUGCUCUCGUGUACUGCAAAAGGCCAUUUUUUUUCUGUUCUUGACGUGCACAAUGGCAUUGCAGGAUGGCGGGCGGUGGCUCCGCGGGCAACUCAGGCGGCAGCGGAGGGGCGACGGGGGUUGAUCGUCUAAGGAAGGACAUCUUUAAAGAAACUAGACGCCUGUGGGAGGGCUACAACGUGCUGUCGGAGGUGGACAGGAACUUAUUUGGGGAGAUCGCGCGUCUUGAAAUGGACAAUGCCAUGAAUAUGGUCAACGCCAAGGUGGAUUUAGUGUCUACUACCUACAAGUUCUUGGGUUCGACCGCAGUUUUCAUCAUUGCCUUUGCAUCGUGCUUGGGGCCGUAUAUCAAGGAUUCGGUGGUGCAUGAUGCCGCCAAGGAGGUUGAUGAAAGAAUGACGCUUCGCAAGCAGCAAGGUGUUGGCAAGACUGCUACUCCAGGAGACGCGGCACCCACGACCAAGGUCCACACCCAGCCUGAUGCUGCUGCUGCACCAACAGGCGGCUCGGCGUCGGCGGCUCCCGGCGCACCGGCAACCGUGGAGGUCAAGAACAGGGCUGCACCGGCACCCGAGGAUGUCAAGAAGAAGGGCGCUGCUACUUUCAUUCGAUCCGAAGCAACUCAAGAAGCUGUCCCGUCGCUUUGGCUGAGUUUUGGCAGGCUGUAAUGCCCACAAACUGGUGUCUUGCUUGGUGUUUCGUCUUGUUUGAUGCACUUGCUAUUCGUGGCAGGAAUGCCCCCCAGACUUGCUAAAUUCGAGGCUUUUAUGCCCCCAAUCAAUCAUUCGUGGCAGAAAUGCCCCCGGCAUGGAAACUAGUACUACUACUGUUAAAUUCGAGGCUUUAAUGCCCCCCAGUCCAGUGAGACUUGUUUUGA